AUGGAUAUACGCGAUUUUGCCCCUUUUCUGGUCAUAUCCAUUGGCUUCUUCCUGGCUGUCCUCGUCAGCUACGCUAUAUACCGGGUUGUCUAUAAUAUCUUCUUCCACCCUUUACGCGAUUGGCCUGGCCCACGCUGGGCUGCAGCUACCGACUUUUUCAAGCUUUGGAUCCUACACACCAAGCAAGCUCACACGCUAGGAAUCAAGUAUCAUGCCCGCUACGGGCCAGUGGUGAGAGCUGCCCCCAACCUCCUUGCUGUAGAUGACCCUCGGCUACUGCCGAUGAUAUACCAUCGACGCGCAAACAAGACUGAUGUCUACACUACGGGCGUACUGGGUGACUUGGCUCCCCCUUUCCAGACAAUUGACUGGAAAGACCAUGCUCGAAAGCGCAAACGUGUGGCCUCGUCAUUCCUGCUCAGUAAUCUAGUGAAGCUCGAGGGACAGGUAGAUGCCCGCAUCAUGGAGUGGACAGGAGCGCUGGCCUCCCGCUUUGCGGACACGAGCAAGAGCAUGGACUUUGCCGCUUGGUCGCAGUGGUUUGCUUACGACACCAUUUGCCAGCUAUCCUUUGGAGAACCGCUAGGUUUUGUCCGCGAAGCGCGUGAUGUGUUCAAUCUCAUCAAGAACUUCCACGACAUGGCCCCCUUUGCUGCCGUCGUAGGGGCUCUACCUUGGUUUUGUGCACCUGUUUUGCAGAGCCCCAUCACUAAGUGGUUGUUCAUGCCGCGACCGGGCGAUAGCUCUGGUACCGGAAAGAUUAUGGCAUUCCGAGACGCUCUAUUGGAGGACAGGCUGCGUGAUCCAGACCGUCAUCAUGAUGGAAGCUUCUUGGAUAAUAUUAUAGCAGCUAAGAACGAGGAUGGUACCUCCAUCACCAUUGAAGAAGUGAAGACUGAGUGCUUUGUUCUUAUGGUGGCGGCCUCAGACACCACUGCGGCCUUCUUCUGCGGCUUUGUGCGUUAUGUCCUCCAGACACCUGGCGUUUGCGAUAAAUUAAUGGCAGAGAUUGACGACUUCCAAGCGCGGGGUCUCCUCUCGGAUCCCGUGCCAACCUUUGAGGAGAUCAAGGCUCUGCCGUACUUUGAAGCAUGCCAUCGUGAGACUCUGCGCUACCAACCAUCGACGCCAAUGAUCAUCCCUCGCUAUGUCAGCGACGGUGGCCUCGAGCUAUAUGGCCGCCAUGUCCCAGCUGGCACUGAGAUUGGAGCCAAUCCCUAUGUGGUCCACAGAAAUAAAGAAGUAUUUGGCGAGGAUGCCGAUUGUUUCAACCCCGAACGGUGGCUUAAAGAUCCCGAUACUGCGCGAGAAAUGGAUAAAUGUAUCCUUACGUGGGGAUAUGGCCCUCGCGUUUGUCUGGGUAAGAACAUUGCUCUGCUCGAGACAUACAAGCUCCUGAUUCAGGUAAAUUCCAAUUGUGAUCCAAUUAGUCUGACAUUAUACUGA